CACAGCUGGGCCCGCCCCUCCGCAGGCGGGCGGAGCGGCUGGAGGGUGAGACAGGGUUCCGAGGGGAAACAGGUCGUUUGUGCAGCGCGGAGCGGAGCGAAGGAGCUGCGGUCUGAACCCGCUUCCUGCGUCGCCAUGGCAGCCAAGACCAAAUGGGAGGCGGUCAAGGACCGUGUGACCGGAAGCCCCACCCACGACCCGGACGCCAUGUUGGAGGCCAACUUGGAGAACGCCGACCCCGAGCUCUGCAUCAAGCUGCUGCAGGUCCCGACGGUGGUGAACUACUCGGGGCUGCGGCGGCGGCUGGAGGGCAGCGACCAGGCCUGGAUGGUGCAGUUCCUGGAGCUGCGGGGUCUCGACCUGCUGAUGGAGGCGCUGGACCGCCUGUCGGGCCGCGGCUGCGCCCGGAUCGCCGACGCCCUGCUGCAGCUGACCUGCGUCGCCUGCGUCCGCGCCGUCAUGAACUCGUCCGCCGGCCUGAACUUCAUCCUGGACAACGAGGGCUACGUCCGCACGCUGUCGCAAGCUCUGGACACGUCCAACACCAUGGUGAAGAUGCAGGUGUUCGAGCUGCUGGCGGCGCUCAGCCUGUUCGACCCGCACGGCCACCACCUCGCCCUCGACGCCCUCGAGCACUACAAGAGCGCCAAGACGCAGCAGUAUCGCUUCAGCGUCAUCAUGAACGAGCUGCACGCCACCGACAACGCCCCCUACAUGGUGGCGCUGAUGAGCGUCAUCAACGUCCUCGUGUUCGGCGUCGAGGACCUGAGGAAGAGGGACAAGCUACGCAAGGAGUUCAUAGGCCUGCAGCUGCUCCCCCUGCUGCCCAAACUCAGGGAGACGGAGGAUGCAGACCUGAUCAUCCAGUGCGAGGCGUUCGAGGACUCCAUGUGCGAGGAUGAGGAGGAGCUGGAGCGAGUGUACGGAGGCAUCGACAUGAGCAGCCACUACGAGGUGUUCAGCUCGCUCUUCACCCAGGUCAGCAGCAGUCCCUCCUCAGUGCAGCUGCUCUCCAUCCUGCAGGCGUUGCUGCUGAUUGGUCCAGACAGAGGAAAUGUGUGGUCAGCAGUGGAGCUGCUGGUGGACCGAGCCACCCUGCUGGCACCGGACAGUGAGACAGCUCAGGAGCACUCUGUUGAGGGUGUGUUGGAGAGGCUCCUCCCCUCCAAGCUAGUGACAGCCAAUAAGAAGGUGCGAACCAUCGACAGGGCGGUGCAGACUCGGCUGACUGACAGCCCCGUCGUCCAAUCAGAGGCUCCGAUCCAAGCUGCCGCCGAGUCCACCGUCUCGGCCGCUGCUCCUCCUCCUCCUCCUCCCCCCUUACCUGGGAUGGGUCCUCCUCCUCCUCCUCCUCUUCCUGGAAUGGGUCCUCCUCCUCCUCCUCCUCCUCUUCCUGGAAUGGGUCCACCUCCUCCUCCUCCUCUUCCUGGAAUGGGUCCUCCUCCUCCUCCUCCUCUUCCUGGAAUGGGUCCACCUCCUCCUCCUCCUCUUCCUGGAAUGGGUCCUCCUCCUCCUCCUCCUCUUCCUGGGAUGGGUCCUACUGAUGUCAUCGUGGCCCAGGUGGCUGCUGGUCUGGGAAGGUCCUAUCACAGCCUUCCUUCCCGCACUCGCUCCACCCCCUGCCCCAGCCUCCGCAUGAAGAAACUCAACUGGCAGAAACUACCAUCCAGAGCCGUGUCAGCCUGCCACUCCAUGUGGACGUCGGUACCGUCUGAUGUGCUGGAGCCAGAUUACUGCAGCAUCGAGCAGCUCUUCAGUUUUCCUCCGACCGACACCAAAACCAAAACCAAGACCAGGACCAGAGCAGAACCCAAAGAGAUUUCCUUCAUCGAUGCCAAGAAGAACCUCAACCUCAACAUCUUCCUGAAGCAGUUCAAAUGCUCCCACGAGGACUUCGUCUCUCUGGUCCAGACAGGAGAUCGAUCCAAGUUUGACGUGGAGAUCCUGAAGCAGCUCAUCAAACUGCUGCCGGAGAAACACGAGGUGGAGAAUCUGAAGGCGUAUCAGGGUGAGAGAGACAAGUUAGCUGCAGUCGACCAGUUUUACCUUCAGCUGCUGGCUGUUCCCUGCUACUCUCUCAGGAUAGAGUGCAUGCUGCUGUGUGAGGAGAGCAGCUGUGUGUUGGAGAUGGUGAAGCCCAAAGCAGAGCUGAUGGAGCAAGGCUGCCAAGCUGUCAGACAGAGCACGCGGCUGCCCAGCUUCUGUCAACUCAUCCUGGACGUUGGAAACUUCCUCAACUAUGGCAGUCACACGGGAAACGCUGAGGGCUUUAAGAUCAGCACUCUGCUCAAACUGAGUGAGACCAAAGCCAACAAGUCCAGGAUCACCCUGCUGCACCACAUCGUGGAGGAAGCCGAGCAGAGCCACGCUGACCUGCUCAAGCUGCCUGAUGAUCUGGAGAUCUGCGAACAAGCUGCCGGAGUGAAGCUGGACUCGCUGCAGUCAGAGCUGAACUCGCUCAUCAAGCGGCUGCAGAGCUCAGAGAGGAAGGUGUCGUCCUCCUCGGCUGAGGACCUGAAGGAGCAACACCUGAGCGCCAUCCAGGACAGCCUGGCGGCGUGCGGCCGGCUGGACCAGCAGCUGGCCUCGGUGCAGCGGCGCAGGGCCGAGCUGGCUGAGUAUCUGUGUGAGGACAGCAGCAGCUUCUCUCUGGAGGAACUCUUCAUCAUCAUCAAGACCUUCAGAGGACUCUUCCUCAGAGCCAUCAAGGAGAACCAGAGCCGGCGGGAGCAGGCGGCCCGGGCCGAGAGGAGGAGGAGGCAGCAGAAGGAAGACGAGAGCAAACCACAGAAAGGGGAGAACGGAAAGACGGUGAGGAAGAGUGUGGCCGCCCAGGAUGAAGGCUGCAUCAUCGACAACCUGCUGGCUGAGAUCCGGACGGGCUUCCCCCUGAAGAAGACGAGGCCGCGUGGCGACAGGGGCAGCCUGCCCUCUGCUGGCCAGAGGAGGAGGAGCAGCCAGCCCAAUCAGCAUGGGAAACUGGAGAGGCUGUCUGCUAUAGACGAACCUCUGACUUCUUCUGUCAACCAAUCACAGCAAGACCACCCUCCAGAACCUCCUCGCCUUCCAAAAUCUCCAGAACCUCCAGGACUUCCAAAAUCUCCAAAAUCUCCAAAAUCUCCAGAACCUUCUGGCCUUCCAAAAUCUCCAGAGCAUCCUGGCCUUCCAAAAUCUACAGAACCUCCUGGCCUUCCAAAAUCUUUACAACAUCCAGAACCUCCAGAGUCAGGUGACGCUACCUCGGCUUCCCCCUCUGAUCCAUCUUCCGAGCCAGGGUCAGCUGAGGCCGGCGGCCCCUCGGAGGACCCAUCCGGCCCCCCGGCUGAAGGCGAGCAGGCCCUGAGCGGAGAUGGAAGCCCUGCGGGAGAGGAGAACGCCACUGCCGGACCCGAGGAACCGCAGCAAGACACCAAAGGUUCCAGUGAGAGACAGGAACCGAACGGGAAUAGAGAGUCUGAGGAGGAUGAGGAAGUGAAACCGUCCAGGAACAAACCGGUCGAUGAACCCGAUGCUGACCCGAAGAAAACAAGAAGCAAGAAGUCCAAGAUCGGUCUGUCAGAUUUUCACACAGGAACAAAACAGUCUAAAGCUAAAAAAGGGUGUAUUGCCCAGUAAGGUGAAGAGACGAGCUGGUCUGAGGUCAGCCGACACGACCGCACAGGAAACAUCCCACGACACCACGAGCUGUGACAGGACGCUCAGCUUCUGCUUCGCCUUCUUUCAGUUACAGACUUCCCUUGCAGGAUUCCCUCGCUCGUCUCCAGCCGGGAAAACAAAAAUCUGAAAAGUGAUUAAAGGCCCUGAAAUCUUCCUGAGAUGCUGUAAAAUCAUAAAGUGGGCCUGAGAUGACAUACAGAGGUUGUUCCUGAGGUCACGCUGCACGUUUGUUUGUUUUUUUUUUACACUUAAAUCUUUUCGUUCACAUGGAUGAAAUAAUCCGACUGUGCUGGUCUCAUUAAUCUGCCGACAUGCGGCUUAUAAAACAGUUGCAGUCAUGUUUCCAUGUUGCAGAGCAGAAUCUGACUGGCUACACAGCAUAUGGCCAAUCAUCCAUUCAUUUAUUCAUUCACUUUCAAACCUCUUUUCCAUAUUACGGCGAGUUUCUGAUGCCGUGCAAACACACAGACAGACACAAGUUUCUUUUUUUUUAUUCCAAGUGUCAUCUGAAUCAUGUUCAUAUCAGAAUACUGCUGUCCAUGUAAAUGUCAUCACUGUAAGGUGGAACAGCUUGCAUUGCAUCAGUUACUGAUUAUGUCCUUGAAAGAUCUUGGAAGAUGAUUUCCUUGAGAGUGUGGGAGCCCUGAGCCCUUGAAACAGGUUUCUGUCUGACACUUCAGAUUAAAACGCUGCAAACACUCAAGCUUAUUUUGAAAAGUCACACUGAACCCUCUUUGCAAAGUCCCAUUUCUUUCCAAAUAAAUAAAUAAAUAAAAAUGAAAAUGCAUUUUGUUGUUUAUGUCAAAAAAGAGAAGAAGAAUUCAUAAAAUAAAUGUUCUACCCAUAAAAUAAACUAAUAAUAAUAACAAAAAAGAAUUGAAUGAAAAAGGGAAAAAAAGCAUCCUAACAGGCCAACUUUAGGAUUUUUUUUUGUUUUAAAUAUUUGUGUGGAGAAAUAAAAUGGCUUCUGUUCUGAGGGUUAAAUAAAGCAUUUCGAAAUAAAAGCCUGUCCCUGGGCUCAUGGGUUUCAAAGUUAUAUGGAGAAAGAUUUGUGAAAAUGUUGAAAUAUGUCUUACACAGAUUGUUUACUUGCUUAUGUCUUUCUGCCGAUGAUGUCGUUGUUGAUGAAAGAUCAUAAAUAAAGGUUUUAAAUUCACCAGGAAA